GCGGCGGCGGCGGCGAGAGUGAGAGGCGGUGGCGCGACGACGGCGCUCCAACCCGACCGCCAUGAGCACCAAGCAGGUCACUUGCAGGUAUUUUAUGCAUGGUGUGUGUCGGGAAGGAAACCAGUGCCUGUUCUCUCAUGACUUGGCCAACAGCAAGCCAUCCACCAUCUGCAAAUACUACCAGAAGGGCUGCUGCGCCUACGGAACUCGCUGCAGGUACGACCACACGAGGCCCUCUACUGCAGCUGGUGGUGCUGUGGGCACCGUGCCCCACGGUGUGCCCUCCCCGGGGUUCCACAGUUCUCACCCUCCCUCCGACAUCACUGCAUCAAUCGUGAAAACUAACUUACACGAGCCUGGGAAACGUGAAAAGCGAACAUUGGUGCUUCGAGACCGAAAUCUCUCCGGCCUGGCUGAAGAAAAGACUUGCCCAAGUGCGGUGAGCAGUCCAGGGGGCUGCAGCGACCCACACAGCAGCCUGGAGAUGAAGCCGCAUUCCUACCUGGAUGCCAUCAGGAGCGGGCUGGACGACCUGGAAGCCAGCAGCUCCUAUGGCAGCGAGCAGCAGCUGUGCCCCUACGCGGCGGCCGGGGAGUGCCGAUUUGGGGACGCUUGCGUCUACCUGCACGGGGAAGUGUGUGAGAUCUGCAGGUUACGAGUCCUGCACCCCUUCGACCCAGAGCAAAGGAAAGCUCAUGAGAAGCUCUGCAUGGCGACAUUCGAACACGAGAUGGAGAAGGCCUUUGCCUUCCAGGCCAGUCAGGACAAAGUGUGCAGCAUCUGCAUGGAGGUGAUCCUGGAGAAGGCGUCGGCCUCCGAGCGCAGGUUCGGGAUCCUCUCCAACUGCAACCACACGUACUGCCUGCCCUGCAUCCGGCAGUGGAGGUGUGCCAAGCAGUUUGAGAACCCCAUCAUCAAGUCUUGUCCAGAAUGCCGUGUGAUAUCAGAGUUCGUAAUUCCAAGUGUGUAUUGGGUAGAAGAUCAGAAUAAAAAGAACGAGUUGAUUGAAGCUUUCAAACAGGGAAUGGGAAAAAAAGCUUGUAAAUACUUUGAGCAAGGCAAAGGGACCUGCCCUUUUGGAAGCAAAUGCCUCUACCGCCACGCGUAUCCUGACGGGCGGCUAGCAGAGCCGGAGAAACCUCGGAAACAGCUCAGCUCUGAAGGCACCGUGAGGUUCUUCAACUCAGUGCGACUCUGGGACUUCAUCGAGAGCCGAGAGAGCCGGCACGCCCCCAGCACUGAAGACGUCGACGUGACGGAGCUGGGGGACCUCUUCAUGCACCUGUCCGGGGUGGAGUCGUCAGAAUCCUGAAGACCGGACAGUCGCCUUGCAUCUUGGCUCUGCCGGCUGAGCCUUCUCCGGGCCAGGGUGUGCAGCACCUCCUUCACGGCAGCCCGAGGUGUGUGUCACUUGGAUUUGAGUGAGGUUGUACUUCACCUUGGUCUCAUCUACGGGAAGCGUGAAGGAUAUAAAGUAACCUAACAAGUAUGUGGAAUCGCUACUUUCAUAGUUGCUGUCUUAGUUGCACCUCGAGCUCCUCAGGGGCCCUGCUAACCGGCCAGAGUUGAUUGCUUGAAACUAACUGGGCUUCUGCCCUCCGUGAGCUCUCGCUCCUGUAACAGCCAGCGUGCAGCUGGCCCUACGGCAGCAGGCUCAUUUUUCUUACCAAAGGAUUCUUCAGCCCUUGAAAGGAUUCUGUAUGGUGUAAGGAUUCCCUAGUGUACUGAUAGUGUGGUCAAAAAACGUGACCUGUACAUUGCUUUUCAAAAAACAAAGUGGGCGCUGCACACCUUAGCACUAAACAACUUUAUUUAGGGCACUUGUUGCCUUCAGUGUCCCCAGUCAGAGCAGCGGUCACGUUGCUGGACACCCAGUAAACAAGCUGAAGCACAGACCCUCUUCCUCGUAAGGGGGCCAGGGCAGAGGUCCAGUCCCUUGUCUGUGGUUGGUGUUGGGGUCCUGACCGGAGGAACCUUGCACAUGUGCCUUCAGGGAAAUGUGUCCCUGGCCCUCACCUGCUGGCUUGUGCCCAGGGGUCAUCAUAUUGAGGGCUCACUGCACACAAGUGACACGUAUUCUCAUCCGUAAAACCGGGCUUUGAUUUGGAAUUUUAUAAAAAUUUAACAGCACCCAAGAAAAGUUUCUGAUUCUGCCCCAACGAUGGUCCUGCAGAGAACUCUGUCAUCAGUUGUGGUUUUAAUUGAAGGAGCAUCACCUUGUCAAUCAGAACUCACUCCAAGCCUGAAUUACCUAUUUUUAUAAACGGCUGCAGAUACCAAAUAUUUUAUAAAAUGCAUUACUGUAAAGUGUGGUUAGAAAGGUCUACUCUUACCUGAGUUUCAAGUGCUUUUUGCAUAAUUAAUUUUCAUAAUUAAUUUUCAUAGUUAACUCUUUAGUGAACGGUGACAAAGGCAGAAAUAAAAUCAUUCCAAGCAGAGAUCCUGGGCUCUUGAGUUCUGCUCCAGAUGGGAUGAACAAUUGGAGUUCAACCUGUGAGCUCAGGGUUAACUUUAAAAGGAGGAAACAGCCAUUAAACCUACAUUUAAUUUAUUUUAUUAAAAUAACAUAAUUGAGGAACCAUUGGAUAACUGUAUUUUGUCAGGCGCAAUAAAAACAAAUUAAAACCCAAA